AUGAGUUGUCUUAAUAAGUCUCCUUCUACAGUUAGCUCUCCUGAUCUCUUUAGCUUAGUGGGCUCAUGUAUAUCUGAAGAAGAUAGGAUUGAUUCCGAUAUUGAGGCAGAUAUACUUCAAGCCAGUGUUGAUGAUAUCACUGUCAGAACAUGUUCCCCUGCUUCCUUGCAAUCUGUGCAGUCAUCAAGACCAUCCAAUACUUCAUCAGUGUUUAUUCGUAAAGCUGUCCUAUCUUCUGUUUCUAGUCAGCUGAAGAAUGCAUCAUUGAAGGGCAGUGUGGGUUACCCUUCCUGUAUAUCUUUUCGUAAGUAUGUGGCGAUUGGAACUAGCAAAGGUGUUGUAUUUAUUUUCAAUUUACAUCAAGUUUUGAAGCUCUGUUUUGGUAACAUAAGUCCGACAAAUACUCCUGAAGCGAAAGUUGGUGAAGGCCAAGGUCCAAUAACUGUUUUAAGCCAAAAUCCAAAUGGGACUCUUUUAAUGUCUGCUUAUUGCAGUGGUAGAAUUGCACUCUGGCAAAUUCCUGCGUCGGUCCUAUGUGAUAAGUCUGAACAAGAUCUGAUAAAGGGUCGUUUAUAUAGUCCUGAUGAGGAAUGUGAUGCGAUAGAAACAACACGGGGAAAUGGUAACUAUCACAACUCCAGUCAAGUCACUCACGACUUCCUACCGCAAGAAACUUCAGUGGCUGAGAAAAAUAGAAGUUCUUUGUCCUAUACUAGCAGUUACGGGCGCCUGCUUUGCAUAAUCGAUGAUGCACACGGUGUUGAUCAUUCAAUCAAUCUCUGCUGUUUUACCACUGUUUCUUCAUUAGCUGCUUGUGUGGAUACUGGUGGAUCAGUAUUCCAACUAAAGUUCACAAAAGGAUUAGUUGGUCUGAAGACAGAAUCUAUGUGUUUCUUUUCUGGAAGUCGUGUAGAAAUAUGUACAAUAGAGGCUCUUGGAUUUAAUGCUAUGAAAACCAAUGGGAAUUUUGACUCCAAACAGUUAGGCGAUCAGUAUAAAGAAGCAAAACUUUCAAUCUUAACUACUGCUGCUCUUUUAGCUAUAACGUCUUUUACCAAGUUGAUCAUCGUAAGAUUGCGUCCUCGUAUUCAGGUAUCAUAUUGGCAACCUUUGAAGGGACCACCAGCAUUUCUCCCCUGUCUGAACUGGUAUUGGUGUGCUGAUUCUUCUGAUAGAGCAUUUCUUGCUUUUGGACGAGGCUCAGUGAUUCAAAUUAUGCAAGUGUCUAAAAUCUCUCGGUUAGAAAAUAUGUCAGUAGAUUCUUUACAAAUGACAGAAUGUAGUUUCCCCGACAGUUCCACUCUUUUACGUACAAACACUUCAAUGGAUAAUCAGAAUCAGCUUGAUUUCAAGUUAUUAUAUUCCUUUAGUUUCGAGCAAAACUUUCUCAAUCUGAAGUGGAUCUCUUUCAAUCAAUCGUUUUUAACCGGUGAAAUACUGGAAACUGUUGAUAUCUCAAAUACACAUCUCCGUUAUAAUUCAGAUUUAUUCAAAUAUCCGAAAGUCAGUGAAGCUCUUGCAUUUGCAGGUGAACGAGCUUGCAUGCAUUCACUCACCGCUUAUAGAUCUCAGUUAUUGUUACUUGGUGAAACUGGACUUUAUCUGAUAACAUUACGUACUUGGGAUGAAAGUGUUACUUUUCUUCUCCGCCGCAAACAACUUCUUUUGGCUCUUAACUAUAUGGAGGCUGCGAUGAAAUCACAGUUCAAUAAGCUUUCUUAUGAAACAGACAGAAAAUCUCCUAGUGUUCCAUCUGUGUACAAUCAAAUUUUAACUAUCCUUCGUGAUGAAGUACUUCGUGUGUUAGUUUCUGAGAAUGAUGGGGAUAAUACUUGGAUUUCUGGGUUUUCAAUAAUGGAAUCAAUUGUUCGAAUAGCUUGCAUGAUUAAAAAGCCUGAUUUCAUAUGGUCAGAUUUGUAUCCAGCUGUUCGACACCAUCCUCAGUUGACAUCUGACUUAUUCGCUGUUACCUUCUCUGUUUUAAAAUCGCUACCUCCGUUUGGCCAACUUUGCACAGAAUGUUGUCAACCUGUAGAUGAACUGAAUUCCAGGCAGUAUUUUAUAAAUCUUCCUCCUGAUAUGACCAACCAUUUCAUCAAGUGGUGCUUGAAUCAGGAUAACGCGAUGGAGGUACAUACAUCUGAUCCUAACUCAACGAGGAGCGAUAUUUUGACUGAUAGAAAACUCAAGACCGAGAUUUGCCUACUGCGUUUGCAUCCAUCGUGCUUAGAUUUCAACCAUGCUGUAAAAAUCUGUUGGACAGAAUGUUUAUUCGAUGCCUACUUACAUUUGUAUACGGAUAUUUUAAUGGAUUUCGAAACACCUUUUAUAGAUCUUACACGUUACCUGGUUAAUAACUUGGACCCUUCAAAGGGAGAAGCAGGCAAAGAUGAAAAGAACAGAAUCGAAAAGUGUGUACACUGUUUGUUGGUAUUACUUCGUUUAGCAUUCGCAAGUGAAUCCUUCUGUCACCAACGUUUGCCACCUCCCUUGGAUCAAAAUAUUCCUCUUAAAGUUUUUAAUCUUAUGCUCAGUGAAUCCUUGGUUAACAUGAAAGGUUUUCCUGCAUCCAUUCUAAACGUCAAAUAUCCUUUCUUACAUUCGCUUUUGCAGUACAGUCCUAUUGACUUUCUCAAUUUACUCACUUUAUCAACUUCUGGUGAUGAAUUUUUCGUCAAUGGGGAACUGGGCCAGUCAAGACGUCAACAACUUUACAAUUGUCUUCUUCUGACCUCAUUACCAACAUCAUCAUCGACUGAAAAUUCUCCUCAAGAUCCGGUUCGCCAAUCCGAAGAAUUGCAUCAAACUAAUUGUCGAUUGCUAGUGAAUGACUUAACAAUUUCUUGUCGCAUAUUUAUCUUCAUAAUACGUCAACUGAGUUUAUUAAACAGUGAAGAAAUCAAAAUUAACCAUAAUUUAAUUUAUCAGCUUUUCGAGUUAGUGUGUAGUGUUAGCAAUAAACUAUCUAACGGUAUUCUAUCAGAGUUUGAGCUAGCCACAAUUGAAUCGAUUGAAUCAGGUCGUUUAAAACACAUUGAACAAUGUGUUUCUCUAAGCUCGGAUAAGGAAUUGUAUAAAGUUUGCGAACACAUCCACCGAACUUGUGGUAAUGAACUUCUGGUUUUGAAAUAUCAAAUACUACGUUUAAAGAAAAUCAUAAUGAACAAGUCCAAUAGGAAUUCCACACUUGUAUCAAUUCAUUCGGACUCUGAAGCAGUAAAGUUAGCUAGUUGUAUUUUCCAGUGUUUAGAAAGCAGCAUACCUUGUAGUAAUAAAGAAUUAAAGAUCGAUGGAGAAAAGUAUGAUAACUUGAAGUCAAUCUGCUUUGAAAACACCGAAGUUCUCGCUGAUUGGGAUGAUGAACGCACACUAAAAGUGUUACAUAAGUUGACGAAUGUCUCGAUAUCUCAAUUGCUUGACUUUAUAAAUGUAUUUGUCAAAGAAGAAUCAUCGAAUCGACGUGCUAAUUAUUUAAUUUUACGAGCGUACUUCAAAUGCCGAAAAAUGUUUUCUGAAGUGACGGAAUUAUAUAUCAGUUUGUUGAUUCGCUUUGGGUGUGCUUCAUCUUCUGAUGCGUUGUUAACUUUCUUGGAAUCAUUUGACAAUUAUCGGAUAGAUCUUAUCCUCAAGGUUAUAUCAGUGGAAAAUUAUCCUCGUGAAGUUGCUUACCUGUAUGAAAAGUCCGGAAACUUGUCCAAGGCCACUGAGUUAUAUGAACAGGUUUUUUCUGAAGCUUGGCAAAAAUUAAUAAGAGCAGAAUCUAAUCAUCAUAAAUUUGGUAACUCAAUAACAGUUGAAUGUAAUUUACUGCUACAAAAGCUUUAUACCGAUGUUCAACAAGCAAAUCGGCGUCUUUUGAAUUUCUGCCAACGAAGAUGUGCGCAAUCUAAGGACCAGUCGGAAAUUGAAGUUAUAUGGUUCAGCGUAAUCGACUUACUCAUGAAAUGUGAAUUUCUACAAAAUCAUCCAAUGUUAAAUGCUCAGUUGAGUGGUAUAUUCUAUUAUUCUUUCUCACUAGUUAUGGCCAUAUUUACCACCAACUGUUAUUGUAUCACGAAUCCUGAAUAUGGAUGGUACAGAAAUAGCGAUGAACUCAAAAAUUAA